CCUCCCUCGAUGUAAGGGCAUCCGAAAAAGGAACGAACGAAGAAAAGGAGGCGCUCCCUUCGAUUCGGUCCCUUCGACCGUCCUCGUCGUAAUGUCAACCGUCUACACCUACCGUUACAGCACGGUACAGUACUUGUGUUCGAAAUGAGGUGCGCGUAUUUUUCAAAAUUCGAGAUCUAUCUUUUUGAAUAUUCUCUCUCUACCUUUUACCGGUCUCGAGGAGCGCAGGGCGGGCGAGGCGUAGCUCUGUACUGUACAACAUUCCAAAGGGUAGAACCAAAAGCAUCAUACGAGCAGUGGAAGAGGUCCUCGCGGGUUCGAACUAUGCAGGAACGCGUGGUAACCGCAGUAUCAAGGCCCCCACCCAACCCGCCGCCCCGCGAGUGGAGUUGGGGUCUAAACAAGGACAGAAAAGAACUUUAGGAGGUGACAGCUUUAGAGGUGCCAUCUCCAUAACAUCUCUCGCAAUCUCGGGGAACUGUUUUGGCAACGCAGAGGUUGAGAUGUGGUUCAAUGUCUUCCAUGCACUCACACAGUGCCUCAUAAGCUGACGGAUGGUCAGUGCUGCAAAUGUUAUUCUAACAGUGCUCUGGACAAAUGCGCUUGAUUCCCGCCCCGUACAUCUUUGCAAAGAAGUAGUUUGUCCUGUAGAGUUUGUGCGACGUAACCGCCUGCAAGACAAUGCGUGUGCUGAUGUUGCCUGUAGAUGCCGAGGCGGAGAAAAGUGUUCAGGAUGGGAGAGGAGUGCGAAAUUCACGGAUUUCGAUGCGAAUUUCCUCCCUUAUCAUACAUACGUCAACUACAGGCUCCAGUCACGGAAGGGAUUGCGAGAUGAGAACCGUCAGUGUCAUGUACUUUUUGAGCAUCAAUAUAUAUCUAUAUCUCUUUCUAUAUAUUUAUCUAUCUUUGUAGAUAUGCUUAAACGCACCAUUUUUCUCGAAAUGGUCUCCAUGGAAAAUGGCAUAUGAACAACAACGGUGUGGCGCAACUGGCGUCGAAGGUUUCAAGAACCACAAGGACAUGAAGAAUUGACGAAAAUGGAAUCAGGAGUUAAAAACAAUUAAGGCCCAAGGAGGCAAAGUCAAUAGCAAAGAACGAUGGGAAGACCCCAUGAAGUUGUACAAGGAAGGAAACUAAGAUAGGUGCCACGAUUUGUUUGAAAGUUGUGCUUCUUGAGUGAAAUUAGAUUUGAAAUGAACAGCGUAAUCUUCAAUUUUCAGUUUAUGUUGUAGAACAACGUUUACAUUUUCUGUUCUUUCCGUUCUGGCACGGUGCAAAGAACUAAAUUAAACCUAGGGUUAACGAUAAUACGUCGUUCUCUUUCCUCAAGACGAAGACAUCUACCUUCAUCUUCUUUUCUUUGUACAGAAAAAGAGAGUCAUCUCCUGAUUUGCAUAACUCGAUCUUCGCUCCUAGCUCGUAUCUUAGUGAUUCCACCACCUUCUCAGACAACUGUAAACAGUGCUCGUAUCGUAAUAGUAGAUGUCGGUAGAUCUGACUCCUGAAUGUUCCAUUUCAGACACCUCUUGCUUAUACAAUCCUCAAACUGGUGUGUCCAUCAGAUCUGUUUAAGCAGAGUCCGUCUUCACGCUCUUUGACCCCAUUCACACGCUCUGUUGUCACAUUUGCUCACCAUUCCACGUAGAAAGACCACUCGCCGCUGAGAGCACGACUCCUUAGGCUGUGCUCUCAGCCUAAAAACUCGUGGAUUUAACUGUAAGCUACUCUAAUAAGAAUGUUUACCGAUAUAGACUUAACUAGUAGCGGAGUCCUAUCCGGACAUUCACGAUGCAAAGAGGUAUUACCAUACAGCAGUGUAUAAACUUUCUUGUCUCUUUUUAGCAGCAGUUUAGAAUAUGGGAACCAUGUAUUUAGCGUGGCAUACAAUGCCCUCGAACCAGCUACAGCACCUUUGCUAACGGGUUUAUUCCAUCUGUCGACAUUGCAAAUAUCACUGCUUCCGAUAUCGUGUAGUUCCGUAGACUUCACCACUAAAUCGUUGAAAAGGCACAGUAACACUGCUCUGAUGUGGAAGCUACUGCACAGUAGCUGGUGAAUCAGGAAAAAAAGUCAUACGGGGAAAAGGGAAGUACUGUACUGGGCAUGCCAAUACAUGUAAGGAAGAGGUGGUUAGUGGAACUACAGUGUACUGUACUGUUCCUCGCCAUGGCGAAGAAGUAUUAACAGCCAGAUCUAGCAGGAUGAAGAAAGUUCCGAAAAGCUGACUUGGGUUCGUUGAGAAACUCUGUGUGAUCAUGGUUCCACGUUGGUGUUUGCUGACUGACAGCUGAAUACUUGUAGAGUGUAGAGUGAACGCGAUGGGAACAUCGCAGACAUUUAGACCAAUCGAGUAUCUCGUGAUACAUGAAUUCUCAAUCAUGAUGGACAGCAGGUCGUAAUAAUCGAGGAUUUUUCUUGUGUUAAGACAACCUGAAGAAGUCAAGGGUGCGGUGGGGCUGGCUUCUGCUCUACUUCAGCUGAUAGGGCGUAGAUUCUCUUGAGUAUCGCUGGUGUAUCCAGAAAGCCAAGGCCUGGGGACGUCGACAGGAAAAGGGAACCAUAGAUACUCUUGAGUGUCGCGUGGCAGCUGGUGGGCUCUUUGAGAGACUCUUGAGAGAUGGAUGAUUGGCACAGUAAAUUCAAAAGAAGAUUACGAUUUUCUGAACCCAAGUUACCGAUCUGAGGAGGACUUUGAAGUAUUUUGACCCAAGCAUGACAAAAGGUUGUGCUUGUUCCGUCCUUGGAGGUACAUACAUGGAAGGAAUCAAGAGAUAAGCAAGGUAGCAAGAGAAGGAGGAGAUAUAGGUCCCGAUGUACAGGCCGGGAACUAGAGGUGGAGUAUAGCAGAAAAUGGAGCUGACGUGAGGAGACGAUGGACAUGUUGCUGGGCUGAUGCUGUAGGUAGGGUCGCGUGCCCGGUUGUACUCGGGGUUAGGAAGACAGAAAUCCUGUUGUCUAUAUAAUUUGCUGCGAGUACCACUUUCGUAGUAUACUAUCAAGUUCUUUACAAGAGUAACAAGUGUCCCUAGCCGACAAGCUGCAGCCUUCUCCCCACAAACAAGCUCCCAAGCUCCCGCUUCCUAUAUAAAGGAGUGCGAGCUUUAGUGCUUUAGCUUUGCAAUUUCGCCAUGAAUGCCAAGCUGCAUCCUCUACUACUCUUCCAGUCUCCGCGUAGUUGCAUAUAUUUUUCUUUCAGCCCAAAAUCUACCUCAAUGCUUGGCCGGAGAGCUUUGAGUUCCGUCACUACGCAAUCUGCCACUGUUGCACCUUCGUUGUCUCCGACAGAAACCGUAAUCAAACGCCCUGUCCAAACUGUUUCCGAAUGGAAAGGCCUCGAGCAGUGGCGUUCUGCUCCCAUUGAUGAGCGCAGAGUUUGGGGCAAAAGCACUCCUGCCGUGGAGAAGGAGCCGGUCCUAGGUGGUGGAUUGGAGCUCAUUCGACAGGAUGAAAAGCCGGAAAUCAACGUUUCGGAAUUGGCGAAAUGGGGAGAGUUCAUACUUGCCACCCCGGACCCACUGGAGAAAGCGUUCCUCACUCAUCAAGCGUACCGCCUGUGGCAUCAAGGGGACAUGCAAAUUGGAACGGGAGCUGCUCCAGAUGCUCCAGGAAGGCCAUCGAAGCCACAAUUGGUGCCACCGAGGGAGGUUCCAGGGCCCAAGGACACCGAGCUGAGUGCUAGCGCACACGCGAUGCACAACUUGGCACAUAUUGAGCUAAAUGCUAUUGAUCUUGCCUGGGACACAGUGGUCCGGUUUUCCUAUGCUAGUGAAGAGCUUGGCAGGCAAUUCUUUGCCGAUUUCUUACAUGUUGCUGACGACGAGAGCCGUCACUUUCGAUGGUGCCAACAGCGCCUGAACGAGCUUGGGUUUAGCUAUGGAGACAUGCCAGCUCACAACCUACUAUGGAAAGACUGCAUGAGGACGUCUGGAAGCGUGAAAUCCCGGCUUGCGGUUAUCCCUAUGAUACAGGAGGCUCGAGGGCUGGAUGCCAGUCCAAGGUUAGUCAAAAGACUUUCUGGUCUUGCAGACCAUCGGAGUGCAGCUAUAGUGCGUCGGAUUGGUGAAGAAGAAGUCGCUCACGUUGGCGUAGGAGUGACCUGGUUUCUUAGAGUUUGUGAGAAGUUGCAGAUCGAUCCAGGUCUUACCUUCAAAGAAAUGAUGGUAGAAUGUAACAUUGAGCUGCACGGACCUUUUAAUCACACUGCACGUGCCAGAGCUGGGCUUCAGCGCGAAUGGUAUGACAAUUCUGAAGCUACCGAAUCUACUGAGUCGGGACCAGGAGAUGCCUCAAGAUAUCAUUGCCAAGAUCCACCGGCUGUCAAGCAAACCUCAGUUCCUGAGCUCCAACGGGAAGCACAGGUUGAAGAUGGGAGAGCAAGGUUGCAUCCGUCUUCUACAGAUGCCUCCAAGAUUGCCGCAUCUGAUGUGAAAAUUAAUGGAACUUCAGGCAGUGUCUUGCCCGAGGUUUAUGAACGACUAGCGUUACUGGUUGCAAUGGAGAAGGAUAAUGCUGGAGCAUGAGCUCCUACGUUAUAGUUACAAUUAAGGAUCAGUCCCCAAUGUGAGAGAUACUUUGGAGUUUUCUGACAACAGAGCAGUAAAAUAAGCACGAGGUUUAACUUGAAGGGUUACCACUGCUUCUAGGUUUUGAGCUUUGCCCAACUUAAGCUUAGGAGGUCUGGAGCAGUAGAUUGACCCGAGGUUCAACUUCUUAUACCAGUGUCGACAAGUUGACACCUCAUUGGAAAUUAAAUUGCUGAGGGUCUAGACACUGGCUUUUGUCAAGCUGUUAUGGUGUCUGUUAUCCCUAGUUAGUUAUAGGAUAAACGGUAGAAUUCAAAGGCUGCCAUUGUGUUCAAAGUCAUCUUUUAUGGGGUGGGGAGGCAGGUAGAGUACAACUGUUUGUACUAGCUUGAGGUUCCCUAUACCUAGAAAACGAACCAGUGAGGUGGUAGAAGGUCUAUCGUUUGAUACAUUAUCAUUCCAUUCGCAAAUAGUCCCUAGUUGAAGUUUGAUCAAGAUUCGACAAUAGUUUGUUCUCAGGGCGAAUCUGGUCUUACAUUGUAUCUUCCAUUGUAAUAUAAUUCAAUUUUCUAAAAAUCGUUCCUUAUGAAUCAUUUCAGUUGAGAUUAA